AGUACACAAUAAACAUAACCUUAACCUUUGUUGUAUAAACAUGAACGGUUUUGUCGUUAUUAAUUAAUGAAGUAAGGUGUCUUCGUGAAUGAUAUAAGUACUUAUUCACAUAGGAGAUAUAUAGCUAACAAACGCUGCAACCAUGUUUGUAAUAUUAUGUCUGUGUUUGUUAAAUCUUCGUGCAACUAACUCUAUUAACUUAAAGGACUUAAAUAUACCAGCAGAACAUCUUCCUUAUGUUUUUAAUUCAUAUCCUAACAUUGCCAAAUCGUGUGCUGAAGAUCUGCAAUGCCCCUACAAAGCACUAGCUGAAAUUAAAGCUUGUUGGGGUUAUGAGGCUACUUGUGAAAGAAGUAAUUCAUAUCAUGUUAGACCACGAUGUCCUGGCGAUCAUCGAGGUUGGGUGAAAACGAAAGAGGCGCAAUAUGAGACUUUUUUUACCCAAGCGGAUUUCGGCUAUAUUAAGGAGCAAAUCAGUGAACUGAUGGUGAUGUGUGAACCGUCAUAUCCACAUGAUUCAUCCUUGGAAUGCUCAAAGUAUUUAAGGUUUUGUAGGGGCCGGAACCUGAUGCUCAAUUUCACUGGGCUAAUUGGCCGGGGGGAUAAUCUGCGUUACAAGUCUGACAUCCUUGGUCCUGGACAAAUAGGUGGAUAUUGCAAGUUCUACUCGGACAGACUGAAGAAAGAAGCGGAGCAUUUCAGCCAACUACAGUCAUGGGCUUCCGAGCUCCAAAAUUUCGUGAGAACGCCUUCCAGACCCGUGGUUGAUGGGUUAUGUGACGUUACUAUUGAAAAACCGACUUAUAUUAUGAAACUGGACGCAACUGUCAACAUGUAUCACCACUUCUGUGACUUCUUCAAUUUAUAUGCAUCACUUCAUGUCAACUCUACUCACGCGUCCACUUUCUCAAGGGACAACCACAUUCUAGUUUGGGAGACAUUUACAUAUGGUUCAGCGUUUCAAGAUACAUUUAAAGCCUUCACAGUCAACCCUAUAUGGGACUUGAAGAAAUUCAGAGGGAAAGUGGUGUGUUUUAAAAAUGUUGUGUUCCCUCUUCUGCCCAGAAUGAUUUUUGGUUUAUACUACAAUACUCCUUUGAUAUAUGGCUGUGAACGAAGUGGAUUAUUCCACGCAUUUACAAAACAUAUUCUACAUUCCUUCGAUAUAAAGUCUGAUAUUAGAGAAAAUGAUAAAGUAAGAGUCACACUUUUGUCCCGAGGGACCACCUAUAGAACUAUAUUAAAUGAAAAGGAAAUAGUGGAGGCAUUGCUCAAAGUGAAAGGAUAUCACGUGCAACGAGUUGUGUAUGACAGGACUGUGCCCUUCGCUGAGCAGUUGGAAAUAACUCAUAACACAGAUGUGUUUAUUGGCAUGCAUGGGGCCGGUCUUACUCACCUUCUCUUCUUACCUGACUGGGCUGCUGCUUUUGAAGUCUACAAUUGCGAAGAUCCAAACUGUUACGCAGAUCUGGCGCGGCUGCGAGGACUUAAGUAUGUCACUUGGCGGGACAAAACGAAGCUUGUUCAACAAGACCAGGGCCAUGGACCAGGCGGUGGAUCACACGCGAAGUUCACCAAUUACUCGUUCGAUGUCGAGGAGUUCCUGCGACUGGUAGAAGAAUGUGCGGCCUACGUAAGAGAGAGACAGGACUUUAAGAACUUUAUUGAAGCUUCCGCAGAAAAGAGAAAGCAUGAAGAGCUGUGAUCGGUUUUUAGAUUAGACAAUUUUUUAACUAAAAUGUAUGUAUUAGGUUAUUAACUCGACAGUGAACGAACUCAUAUACUAAUAUUUAAUGAUGUAAUGUGAUAAAAAGUUGUUACUGUUGUUAUUAACAGGAAAAUGGUUGAAUGAAUCUCAUGUCGCACUUAGAUCUUUUAUACGUACCUACUACACGAAAACACAUUAUUUUCUCGCCCCGGCCACAAAAAUUAGGGUUUAGUAUUUUUAGGACUAUGUGUCUGUGUCUUUUUUGGAAAGCGCUCAUUUUUACUUACCUACAUAGGUAUUUGCUGUACCUAGUGUUUAAAUUAAACAUUAAAAUGCAUUUUUGCACUUGCAUCCGUCCAUCCAAGGAAUUGUUUUUUGUUAGUACUUGUUUUGUAUUUUUUUAUUUAGGUACGUAUGUUUUUUCGUUAGAAUUAGAACAUAUUGCUGCUUAAUAUACAAUUUAUAUUUAAGGUUAAGGUAAUGACAAAGGGGUGAAGAAGUUUUAAUUACUUUUAUAACCAGUAAUCGGAGUUGACAGAUUCGAUAAGAUAAUAUUAUUCUAUACAUUGUGUAAAUUGUUUCACAGCGGUUGAGAAAUGAUAUUUACGGAAAUGCAAAUAAGAAGACACUAUUAAACAUGUUUUUUUUUUCCUUUUAAUUAUUAUAAUCAGCUAAAUAUAAUUAACCGGAUUAAUUAUAACUUCCCUAUCCUGUUCUCAAUUGCAACAAUCCCCGUCUGACGUUUGAUAAAAAGUUGCUGAUUUGACUGGGGGUUAGUAGAUACCUUACUGAGAACUUGAAAUAAUUGAUACUAUGUGCACGUGCACAUUUCACCUCAUGGACGUUAAAUUAAUUUUUCACAUCACCUAUUCGAAAAGGGAACUUUUCUUCCCUGCUAGGAGGGAUCAAAGUGGCACUUUUCUGUUCAAGGACAUUUUGUUGCCAGUAUGAAAUAUUGACACAAAGACAUAUGAAAUUAGUAUGCAUAUAAUCGAUUACAAUUUCUUUAUAAUCGAUUACGUGCAUACAAUUUUUCUAACUUAGAUAAUAUUUUGUUGUAAAUGUGAACAAUAAAUGUAAUUAACGUAUUUUAAAUUAAUUAAUAUCAUAUUUAAAUUAAGUAAUUAGCGUAAUAUUAUAAAGAAACGUAAAAAAACUUUAGUUUAAUAAUUUAAUUUUUAUUUUGACAUUUUAGGUCUCCUUAAACGCAGCCAUACUUGUCUAUGCAAUUUAAAAAGUCUAUAUUUAAAAAGUUUUGUACAAAUAAUUCACAAAGCAUUAUGCGGUUCUGUAUUCUGUAUAAAUUUGUAAAUACUUAGUUUAAAUCAAUAAUAAUAGGCCUUUUCAUCUGUGUCAGAUGUUUUAAGCAGCAUCCCGGUAACGACACUAAUAAUAAUAAAUAUAAGUGAUAUCAGUCUUCAUAGUGUUCUUCCGAAGAUUUUUGUUCAAAGGGGUAAGAGCUAGUUUGUUAUCAGAAAAAUCUACAAAAAUAAUGUACUUGAUUUUCAUUGUAUCAUUUUAGUUGUUUGCUGCUGUUUUUGAAAAGAUAUUAGGUACAUAAUUAUGAGCUGUAGGUACUUUUAAUUUGUCAGUACAGUCACGUCUGAAAAUAUCGAUACGGACAAAGUGCCUGAAGUAAUAUGUACCUAUACUAAGGUCAUGUAUACAUAUUUUUGGCACUUUGUCCGUAUCGAUCUUUGCUUAAAAAAAUAAUGUUUUAAAAUCUAAUAUAUGUAUGUAAUUUCCUAAUAGGUGAUGUGAAAAGCAGUAUGUGUCACAUGGUAGCAAAAUUAUUUUCACCUUGGGCGUUAACACUUGAAUCCCUCACUACGCUCAGGAUUCUAUGUUAGAAUCCCUCGCUACGCUCAGGAUUCUAUUAUAGAAUCCUUCGCUUCGUUUAGGAUUCAAUUGUACGCCCUCGCCGUAAAUAUGUCAUUUUGCUCCCUUGUGACACAAUCUACUACUGUCGAUUCCAAACACUGCACAUAAUAACUAAGUAAUAACAUUCUUAUUUCCUAAUAUCUGUGAUAAAAUAUUUUAAUUAUUUUCUGUUGGUAAUAGGUACUACUUAAUAGACAAGUAAAAAACACAAUUUCUUACUUAGGUACGUAAUGUUUAACAGCAAUGAUUAAGUUUUCAUUUUUAGGGUUCCGUACCCAAAGGGUAAAAACGGGACCCUAUUACUAAGACUCCGCUGUCCGUCUGUUCGUCUGUCACCAGGCUGUAUCUCAUGAACCGUGAUAGCUAGACAGUUGAAAUUUUCACAGAUGAUGUAAUUCUGUUGCCGCUAUAACAACAAAUUUAUACUAAAAACAGAACAAUGUAAAUAUUUAAAUGGGGCUCCCAUACAACAAACGUGAUUUUUUUGCUGUUUUUUUUUCGUAAUGGUACGGAACCCUUCGUGUUCGAGUCCGACUCGCACUUGGCCGGUUUUUCCUUUUAUACUUACUGUGGUUUUUGCUCGCGUCUUCAUUUGCGCAGAAUUCUAUAUUGGGCGCUUUUAGAAGACCACGAUGAAAUAUUGAGGCGCUCAUUCGCGUUUAAGUUUAAAUACAACGUUCUAUGCCCAUAUUCAUUCGGAUCCGUUCAGUUGAGCUUUGCUUUUGCUUUCAGUUUUGCUUUACAAAAGUAACAAACACGCAGUAAUUAUUUCGCCCACACUGUUAACUUUACAUCGGUGGACCUUAUGCCUUUUGUAGUAUUGCUGUUUGUACCUACCUAAGGUACCCAAUAAUAGGGCUGUUGACACAUGUUGAAUUUUAUAACUAAAUCUAGUUAAUAGAUAGAAAAUGAGCAACUUAUAACAAUAAAUUGGAGACUUGAAAA